UGAUUAUUACUACAACAGCUGAAAGUGAGUGUCUGUGGUGCAGCCAGCGUCACUGGAGCGAAACUGGAGUGUUUAAUAAGCACAUAAUGUGAUGUGGGAUUUCCAUUGAAGGGGAGGGAAAAAGCUGUGCGACACUGACUCUCCUCAUUCGCUUUCGGAGUCUCCCUUCACACCACAGCAUCUACACGGGGAUCAACUUCAAAACACACCACUAACCCGGAGGAGGGAGCAGAAUGCUGUGGAUCCUGACUGCUAACAGAUACUAAACCAGGGGAGGGAUUUGAGCAGCUUUGUCUGAGCUGCGACUGGUCCAGUUCCUGUCCAUCCAGUGAGUCCAGUGGCUGUCAGCCCAGUGAGCUGUUUGAGCUGUCUCAUAGCUGAGGAUUGCAUCAUUAUGGAACAAUAGAAGCGAGGAUCAAAACUCUCCCUCCUCCUCCUCCUCUUCCUCCAUCUCCUCCCCCCUUUCUUUUUCCUCUCAGCCUGACCCUCCCCCUAGCAAACACACGGUCACCCACAGACACAUGCAGACCUCUGACCACUCCUCCCACGCUGGUCAUGGUCCACUCCCCCUGUCCCUCCAGUGUGUCAGACGGUGGGUUCUCUGUGUAUAAUCCUGUGUAAAGUAUAGGCCCUAUACGGCUGCAUAUGCUCCCUUUUGUCAUGGCGGCUGUUGUUGUUGCGGAGGCCUCUCUCAGGAGAGACCAUGAGGGAGAACAGAAGGCAGCAUAGAAGUCACAAAGGGAGGAAGGGAGAGCGAGAGACCCUGACGCUGCCAUUUAUUUGACCGGAGGAGAAUGAGCUUCACAGGGCAGCACAUGGAAUUCAGUUGGGGGUGAGACCACAUGAUGUGGGACUGGCAUUGCCACCCCUGUUUAACCUUAUAUUGGAUCCGCCAUCAACUUUGGAGAUAUUUGCCACAUGGUGAUCUGCAACAAGUAAUGAAGUAAUAUAGAGGAAAGCAAACAGACUUUGAUUUUUUUGUUGUUUUUUUUUUGGAUGAGACUUUUUUCUUCCUCUCCUUGGUGUUUUGUUUUCAAUAUCAGCCUACCAAAAGUGCCUUUUUGUGUUACUUUUGCCAUUUUUGAUACACAUCUUGCUUCGUAUACUUCAUAUUGCCACAGAUUAUCAGAUGUAACCACACGUAAUAGCAUCACAUUCAGCGUUUGUUGCCAUAUUUUUGACAAGUUACAAAGAACAUUCGACACUGGGAGUUAACAGCCACUACUGCAGCCUCGUUUGAAUACAGAGUUGACAAUCAUCACCUUCCAGAUUUCUCUCUAUCUUUGGGGAAAGCCUCCUUACUAAACCCGGCAUUAGAAACACAGAGUCAGAUUUCUCCACACCAGCCAGACUGUCUGCACUGCCUCCUCCUUUUGCUUUGACGACCCAGAGCCAUCGCCAUGGUCGGUAUCCACUCCAAAUGGCGCUACUUUUUCAUGUUCCUGGGCAUCCAGCUGGUGGUCAUGGCACUGCUGUCCCGAGAGGGAUACCAGAAGAGAGUCAGCUACUUCAUCCGAAUCUUCCGCAAACCAGACGCUACCGGUCUGUCAGGCCGCAACCACACCACAGCUGGCAUCCCUGGAAGCGAUGUUUAUGCCAACCUCUCCCACCUGUCCAAAGCUCAUAGCCAUGGAAAUGACAUGCCCUACUGCCCGAAGACAUCCCCUCUCAUAGGUGGGCCGAUCCACGUCAGCUUCCCGUCAGGACUCACUCUGGGAGAGAUUCAGAGGAAAAAUCCCCUGGUGGUGCGCGGAGGUCGCUACAGGCCGCCCAACUGCGAGGCCAAACACCGAACAGCCAUCAUCAUCCCCCACAGAAGCAGAGAACACCACCUCAAGUUCCUCCUCUACUACCUACAUCCUUUUCUGCAGCGACAGCAGCUGCAGUAUGGGAUUUACGUCAUUCACCAGGCUGGAAACUACACUUUUAACAGAGCCAAGCUGAUGAAUGUUGGUUUUCGAGAAGCCAUGAAGGAGGAAGACUGGGACUGUCUCUUCUUCCACGACGUGGACCUCAUUCCUGAGGACGAUCGCAACACCUACGUCUGUGACUCGAACCCCAAGCAUGCAGCCAUCGCCAUGGACAAGUUUGGUUACAAGCUUCCAUACAAAAUGUAUUUUGGAGGAGUGUCAGCUCUGACGCCACUGCACUACCUCAAAAUGAACGGUUUUCCCAACAACUACUGGGGCUGGGGCGGAGAAGACGACGACAUCGGAGUCAGAGUGUCUCUUGCGGGGAUGUACAUCACUCGCCCGUCGCUGAAGGUCGGCCGUUACAAGAUGAUUAAACACAAGCUGGACAAAGGCAACGAUGUGAACCCAAAGAGGUUCAACAUGCUGGCAAAGACUCGCACCACCUGGAAGAUGGACGGGAUGAACACAGCUGAAUACGAGACAAUCUCACGGCAAUACCUGCCUCUCUACACCAACAUCACUGUCAACAUCGGCACGGAGGCCGGCCUGCACCGCCCUCCCCCGACGCAUCCUCCACCUGCCAAGGCUGAAGGCAAACCUGAGGUCAAAGUACCUGCUGAAGUCAAGACGAAAAACCCAACCAAACUCAAAGAGGGCCCCCUUAAAGAAAUAACCCGCCCUGAGUGAAUCACGCUCCAGUUUUUGUGGGUGGAUGGUAUUUCUCAGUGGCCUGUCGUUUUCUUUCUUUCUUCUUUUGGUUCGUUUUCGGCUUUUCUGACAGUUUUUCUGGGGGAAUCGACAUUGUGCUGAGUGCAGACGUUUGUGCACUCAUUCGAUUGAUUAAAUCAAAAAAAAGGAAUAAAAACAAAAGACUUGAAUCCUUUGACCCUUAGGUGACGGCUCUCCACCUCAGUUCCUGUUACAUCACUUCUUUUUCUUCCGGGGAGCCACAGUGAAGAGUGAAGGGUAAAAGUUGGACUCUAUGAGUUUAUAUAUCUACAGCGCCGUGGUCGCUGCUUAAACCUUGUGAUGCCUUAGAAUCUUGUCUUUUUUGUUUGUUUGUCUCUUCACUCGUACUUUACGUCGUUGAUUUUGAUGGGGUGGUAUCUGCAGUUUCCAGCGGUCACACUGUGCCACAAUGUAGUUCUUUUUUUCUUUUUCUGAGCGCCAAUGAAUCCACGAGUGAAGGAGGAUUUUUUUUGUUUCCGGAGUGUGUGAAGCUGCUACAAAGAGUGAAGGAAUUUGACAGAUUUGUGUAUAACUGUUGAUAUUAUCACUGCUUCUAAUAAUAGAGCACAUAUCCUAUCUGUCUGAAAAAACCUGGGGUCCUGUUUUAAAAGGCUUCCGACACAGAGAUGCUGAUAUAUAUAUAUAUCUGUUUAGUGUAAAAAAAAAGAUAGACUAAACUUCCUGUUUAUGAAGCUAAACAUACGUUGGCCUCUUGUCCUGUCGAGUAUGAAUGAGGACAGGGUGAAACAUUUCAGUCCUGAGGCCGAGGUACAGCUCCUGUGUGUAGCAUUCAGCUCUCAGCGUAUCACAUGUCUCCAACGUUUGAUUUGAAUUUCUUCUUUGAGUGCUUUUGCCUUUAUCAAACAGAGCAGGUCUUGGUGACACUGGUCAGCCCUCUGCCUUCACAUGAGCUUAGGAUUCACAUCAAAAUGGAGUCUUGUCUUGCUAACUAUUUUUUUAAUAGAAUAUAUUGAGUGCAACGUGCUAUAUAUAUAUAUAUAUAUUUCCUAUGUAAAUCUGUCCAUCAAGAGUGCUGGCUUGCUCCCUCAACAUCAUAUAUGCAGUUAAUCCUCAUAACAGCCUUUCUGUUGUAUUUUUCACAUCUCUUUUCCUCAACCAGGGGAGAGAACAUGACGAAGCAUUUUGUUCUGCACAAAAGAGGAGUAACUUCUACAUCAGGUCAGUCCAGGACCAGGAGCAGUUUAAAAACAGCUGCUUCACGUAGCUAAAUGUAUCCAUGUUGACAAACCGGUUUGGUCGGAAGCUUGGGUCAAAAGCACAACAGGACAAAUUGGGGGGGUUAUUUGCUGGUUGUCAUCACGAGGGGACUUUACAUCCUUAACUUCAGCGCAGUAAAAGACAACAUUUUCCCUCCUUUUAAGAACGUUUUGAGAUCUCUCUGAUAGAGCUUCAACUGUUUAAAUCAUUUUCAAUAAUUCCUGGUUCCAGCUUCUUAACAAUCAAGGUUUUUCUGCUUUUUUUUGAGUCAGUUAUUGAAGUAAAUAAGGAUUCUUUGGGUUCCUUAAAGAUGUUACUUUGCACUCUUGGAAAUCACUAAGGAUAGUUUAUUCCCAAAUUCUUGAUUCAUCAAUACGUCUGACAAAGUCGCCACUUUAGUGCUUAUUGAAAACACUCAAAACUGAUGACAGAUGUUGUGGGAUAUUCUUCCAUGAUCAGGAGGAGUGUUUCAGAUAAUUUAGCAAACAUUAAGUCAGCUCAGUCUGUUUUCAUCCUUCAUAGAAACAUAUCAUCAUUCAGAGUAAUCCCCUUCGACCCAGUUUCUCCGUGGUGUUUCUGUGAACAAUCCGGUUCUGCUGUGUUCUUUCUCCACUACUGCCCGCAUACUGCAUGUCAGCCCUCCUCCCUUGCUCUUAGCGUCUCUGCUCGCUGACAGAUUUGAUUGUUUACGCAGGAAGAGAAAAACUAGUCCCUUUACCCUGUGAGUGUACCGACAGGUGAACAGACUGAAACCAAAGACGACUGCACAGACAGCUGUGAUGAUGAUGAUGAUGAUGAUGAUGAUGGAUAAGUAAUGUAUGCGAGUGUGUGUGAACUGUGUGCCCCAUUGUCAUUAUAUUUCUGUAUCUUCAUGGUCCUGGUGUUUGUUCCCUCUAUCAGAAUCUGUAGCUUCUCUGAAACCAUCGUGUAUUCACAGCACAGUUUUUAGUAAAGGGACAAGAAUGUUUUUUUUUUUUUAAAGUCUACUACCACUUAUUUUUAUUUCAGUGUCUCAUUUUCUCCUGAAAAGGACGAGUGGAGCUCAGAGAGCGACUGCCUGUGAUUUUUAUUUUUUUUAAAUGACUUAUAUAUACUGUAUCAUCAUUUUGAUGUAAAUCCAUAUUCAAAUCCUAUGGCCUUAGAGACACACAAUACUAGUAUUUACCUGAUAAAACCUUCAUAUCAGACUUAGUAUGCAUGGCAAAGAACCUAUUAGUAAGGGAAUGUAAUGAGCACAACCUGGAGAUUAUACAUAUCAAAGCUCGCCCAGGAAACAUGAAGCAUGCUGCAGUGUUUGCGUUGUGAACUGGAAACUGUUGUUGUGACUUGUCAUCGUAGUUUCAUUCUGCUGUGUGGAGUUGAAGCAGAAGAGUUGCAUUUUUUUAAUCAAAAUGUACGAAGGAAGCUUAUAUGCCAACGUCACAAUGUCCAGUCUCCGUCAUUUACAGUGUCACUCACUAUUUUAUGUUCACUUUGACUCCAUUCUGAUGUUGAAAAGCUCCGCAGCAAUAGGAAGCAGCCCCCACAGGGUAGAACUGAAGCAACCAGGGGGCGAUGUGACUUAGUGAGUAAUGUCUGCUCUCUUUAUGAAUUCUGCACAGUCCAGAGUGGCCUUAAAUUCAUUAUUAAUAAACUGAUUAUCUGAAACAAG